AUGCUCUACCCUUCCUUGCUCCGCCUUGGAUUGGCCACGGGGCUUCUAGCCAGCCAUGGCUAUGCCGCGCCCGCCCACGCGACUGACGAUCUGGACGACACUCCACUUCCCGUUGUUGUUUGGCAUGGCCUUGGUGACUACGUCCACAGCGAAAGCAUGAAAGCCGUGGAGGAACUCAUCGAGUCCGCCAACCCUGGCACAUUUGUCUAUGUGAUUGCUGUCGACAAGAGCUCCGAGCAAGACCGCACCGCCACCUUCACUGGCAACGUCUCGGCCCAAAUCGAGCAAGUCUGCGAGGAGCUCGCCAAGCAUCCGAUCCUGUCUACGGCACCGGCAAUUGAUGCUGUCGGCAUCUCCCAGGGUGGCCAGUUCCUGCGUGGCUACGUCGAGCGAUGUAACUGGCCUCAGGUCCGCAGUCUCGUCACAUUUGGCAGCCAACACAAUGGUAUCUCCAAGUUCAGAGUUUGCGGAGACAACGACUGGAUCUGCAAGGGAGCUAUGGCGCUUCUUAAGUUCAACGUCUGGAGCAGCUUCGUGCAGUCGCGUCUUAUCCCCGCCCAAUACUUCCGUGACCCCCAGAACCCAGACUACGAACGCUAUCUCGAGCACUCCAACUUCCUGGCCGAUAUCAACAACGAACGCGAGCUCAAGAACGAAAAGUACAAGGCGAACCUUGGCAGCUUGACCAACUUUGUCAUGUGGAUGUUUGAGAGCGACACCAUGGUUUCCCCCAAGGAGUCGUCCUGGUUUGAGGAGGUCAACGGUACCGAGGUCACCCCGUUGAGAGCCCGCCAGCUCUAUCGCGAGGACUGGCUCGGUCUGCGUGAGCUUGACCGCAAGGGUGGUCUUCGAUUCCGAGUUGCACCUGGUGACCACCUCGAGAACAUGGGUGAACUGCUCAACAAGACAGCAGCCGAGUUCUUUGGCCCUUGGCGAAAGACUUUCAAGUCUGACAUGGAGAACCCUACGGGAGACGGUCUCUUUGAGGCGGGGGAGCUAUAG